UUAAUUUACUUGCUUUUUUUCUUCAGCACGUACGCUCGUAUCCGUCUAAUUUGAAGAAGUCUUCGAUGAGAAUGAUGGAACACAACAUUCACUUUUUUCUGGUGCUUCUCAGCGCAUUUUCUCAGUCGUUGCCAAUUGAUGGCUGCGAUCCAAAUCUGUGCCGCCUUUCCUACUGUCGCUGUCCUGGCAUCGAUAUUCCUGGUGGAUAUGCAUCUAGUGAAAUACCUCAAAUAGUUAUGUUGACUUUUGACGAUGCAGUCAACGAAAAAAAUAUUAAUUACUAUCAUUACUUGUUUGGCCGUGAGAAGCAAUCGAACCUGUACAACCCGAACGGAUGUCCAAUCAAAUCCACUUUCUUUAUAACAGACGUUGGUAACAAUUAUACUUUAACUAGAGAAAUAUACCAACAAGGCCACGAAAUAGCUUCGCACACCAUGACGCAUAAGUAUCCCAUAAAGUAUUGGAAAAAUUUAAGCUACACCGAAUACGAAAAAGAAGUGAAAGGCGUAACCGAUAAAUUGUCAAAUUUAUCUUAUAUCCCUAAAAACAAAAUAAAAGGUUUUCGUGUACCAUUUUUAGAAGUUGGUGGUGAUACGCAAUACGAGGUUUUACGAAAUCUUGGCUACACUUGGGAUUCUUCGAUGCUUACUGGUUCUCUUGAGUACAACCGCGAUCCACCAGUGUGGCCUUUUACGUUAAACUACCCUCCAGAGAAGAAAUAUUGUGCUUCGGGCACCCGACCAAACAAACCCUUCCCUGGUCUUUGGGAAGUACCAUUGAUACGGUUUUACGGUAACGACGGGAAACCCUGUGCAAUGGGUGGUAUGUGCACACAGCCUGAAUCCGUUCUCAAUAUUUCAGCUUACCUAUGGAAAAACUUUCAGCGGUAUUAUAACACGAACAAAGCACCAUUUGGAAUUUUUAUACAUUCUUAUUGGUUUGACAAGGAUAUAAAGAACCUGUAUGCUCUUCGAUCAUUUCUGGAAACACUGAAAUAUUUGAGAGAUACAUAUGUCGUUUCUGUUAGCCAGGCUUUGGAAUGGGUUAAAAGCCCAACGUCUUUGAUAGGGAUCAGAAACUUCAAGCCAUGGCAAUGCUAAAUGUUCUAAAAGGAUUUUUAUAGUGUUUGUAUUAAAUGAAUUGUAAGAUAAAUUCAUAAAUAAAAUUGACUAAGUCCCACGCUCUU